CACAAUGACGAAGAAGAAGAAAAACGGAAGUGACAGGAUGUUAUCGCUGCUCGGCACAGUAGAAUUUACGGAGAGACUUCGUGCAGCAGGCGAUGAAAUCUAAAACCUUAUUAAAGCUCGAGUGAAGAAAUCAUCCGUGAAUGCAGACUAUUGGAUAUCCGAGAUAACAGAUCCCCUACAGCAAUAUGAAGUGUGAGGAAGAGGAGAGUCUGAAUGACCCGCAGGUCUAUAACCAGGAGGGGAACUUUGGUCUGAGCGAGGAUGGUCCAGAACUUCCACAGAUUAAAGAGGAACAGGAGGAAGUCUGCACCAGUCAGGAAAUAGCGCAGGUUAUAGUGAAGCAGGAGUCUGAAGAAAUCUUCGUCUGGACUGGGAAAGAGCGGUUCAGAGUGCUGGAUAACAUCUGGAAACAUGAGGAAGACUUACACUGCACAGGCCCGCACACACACGAUAUUAUCAAACUAGAAGAAAAUGGACCCGUCAAACGCGAAGAUUCUGACUCCGUAACAGCGCCGGACGAAGAUGGGUUUUCUGUCCACUCCUCUGGGCUCGACUCUGCCGAUAGUGACGAUGAAGCUGACUUGAGUGAAGAAAUGUAUCCGUACUACGACACUGAUGAUGAUGAUUAUGAGGAGGAGGAAGAGGAAGAAGAAACCGAGACCGCCACUACUCUGGAUGGAGGCAGAAGAAGAUUAAGGAGUCAGAGGAGUUGGCCUUCAGCAAACAAAGCCAAGCGCUCUAGGUCAGAGCCACUCUCUGUUGAUGCAGCUGCCUGGAAAAGUGAAAAGGACCCCGACAACUUGCCACACCCCCUGCCACAUUUCCUUCCCACGAGAAAGCCAGGUAUCCAACUACCUCUUUCAGAGUAUCUGACCAAUCCAUCUCCAUCUAAGCUCUUCAAGAUGUAUUUUAACUGGGCCGCUGUCAAAACACUGUGUGCAAACACAAACAAAAAUGCAGCAAAAAAUAUUGCUGCAGGUAAAAAAUUCAAAUGGGCUGAGCUCACAGAGGCUGAACUCUAUCGCUACAUUGGCCUGACACUGUACAUGUGGAUUCUGAAGCUGCCAAAUAUCAAGGAUUUUUGGCGUGCCAGUUCCAUCUUUUAUAUGCCGUAUCCUAGCAAGGUAAUGUCGAGAACCCGGUUCCUCCUCAUCACCUGGAACAUUCAUAUGAGUGACCCUGCUGAAGAUGAACUCAACGACCGCAAAAAAGGCACCGAUGAUUAUGACUGCCUGCACAGAAUACGCCCCCUGUAUGACAGUUUGCGUGUAGCCUGCAAAGCGGUGUACCAUCCCCAGAAAAACCUCUCUGUGGAUGAGCGCAUGGUACCAACCAAAGCCAAAACUGCCCUAAAGAAAAACAUAAAGAAUAAGCAAAAAAAGAGGUGGAUAAAAUUUUUUGUGUUGUCUGACAAUACGGGGUACACUUUUGACUUCAAGGUUUAUACAAGGAAGUCCAUUCUGGCAACCAGGAGGGGACUGUCAUUUGAUGCAGUGGUGUCACUCAUCAACAAAAACUGCCUGGGAUCUGGAUAUCACCUUUACUGUGAUAAGUUUUAUACCAGCCCAGCACUGUUCCGCCACCUUCAUGACCUGGGGUUCGGAGCAUGCGGCACAUUUCGGGACACGAGAAUCGGCACCCCAAAAACCAAAGUUAAUGCCAUGACCAAAGAAUCUCCAAGAGGGACAGUCAGGUGGAUCAGAGAGGGAGCCCUCAUUUUCAUCAAGUGGAUGGACACAAGGGAGGUGAGUGUGUGCUCCACCAUGCACACUGCCUUCUCAGGGGACACUCUGAAAAGGAUGUGUAAGGUUGGUGGAAAACGCAGAGUAGUCGAGGUGCCGGUGCCAUCGGCUGUGAAAGACUACAACAGCUUUAUGGGGGAAGCUGACCUGUCAGACCAGCUGAUUGGCUCCUAUUCCUCAUGGAGAAAGAGCAGGGCAUGGUAUGUGAUGGUGCUGUAUCAUUUCAUUGACAUUGCUGUAACAAACAGCUACUUACUCAGCAAGGAGCUGUGUGGCAGACUGGAGGAGCAGCCGGUGAAGCACCAGGCCUUCCUGGAACAGCUGAUAGCUGAGCUCUGUGGGGUGCCCCUACAAUCAGUCCCAGAGAGGUAUCAGCACAUCCCUGUUGCCAUUGUUGAGGGGGCAUCUGGCCACAAUAAAGCGUCAAAGGGGCGAAGGAAGUGCAAACUGUGUCGGAAGUGCACUCCCUUCAUGUGUGAGGCAUGUAGAGUGGCUCUGUGUGUUAUCGUUGACAGGAACUGUCACAAGCUGUAUCACAGCUCCUUUAAGGAUAGUGAAAAUUAAAGUUUGACUUUAUGCUUCUCUAUAUGUGUGUGUGUGUGUGUGUGUGUGUGUGUGUGUAUAGUAACUUUGCAAAUGUUUCACAUGUGCAUUUUGUUUUAGUUUUUAAUGCUGUUAAUACAUUUAAAAAUGAUUGCAUCUCAAAAAUGAAGCUAUAAACACACUAGCAAUAAAUUUCGAGAGCUUCAAAAGGAUUCUGUGACCAUUUUCUUUCUCCAUUUAUAAUUUUGAGGCAUACAGCUAUAAAAAGUUUUGUAUAUAGAAAAUUACAUCUUUAUAAAAAUCUGUUUUUUGGGCUUAUUGUACUUUACCCAUUUCUUAGUUGCUAAGAACUUAUUACAUAUUGAAAUUUGGGAAAUGAAGGUUAUAAUUAUGUAGCCAGCUGAAAUGGCACAUUUCACACAGCAUGUAAAAAUACAAGGAUAAGCUGUAGCAGACUUGUUCUAUGGGAGAUCACGGAACAACUUUGAACCCUCUUACCAUCUGUAGACCAAAGAACAGAUUGGUCUGUAGGCCUGGAUUAGUUCCACAAGUUACCAUAUCAGCGUAUGUGAAUGCCCUUCAUAAUACUGAAAACCCAGGUUUGAACUUGAAGUUAACUCGAUCAGCCUCAAAUUUUGCUUUAAAGUACAAACUUGUGAUCACAGUAUCUGCUUCUGCGUUUUAGUUGAUAGUUGCUAUGAUAACUUUCUUUACCCUAAAAAAAAAAUCUCUGGCAGACUUGGAGUUAGCUGAAAAUUAAUCAAACUUUGUAACAAAUUCACAUCAUUAAACUAAUAAAUAAUGUCUAAAGAUACAUUUAAUUGAUACUAUUUAAUUUAAUUAAGACAAUGGAGGCCCCAAGGCAUACAUACAACAACGACCAAGAAAAAAACAAAUCAAUUCAAUUUUAUUUGUAUAGUGCCAAAUCAUAGUAACUGUUGCCUCAAGGUGCUUUAUAUUGUAAGAUAAAGACUCCACAACAAUACAGAGUGAGUGAAAAAGAAAGUGCAUCAUGGAAACCCCCGGUAGCCUAACUGCAUAUUGCAGAAUAACUAAGGCAAGAUUAAGGGUCACGCAAUCCAGCCCUAAUAUUUAAUUGAAGGACAUAUACUCUUUGAAAAUACCUUCAAGAUUCCUCAGUGCUACUAGAGGCCAAGGUAAUACCAUCCACAGUAAUAAUCUGGUUAGGUACCAAAUUCCUAAGAUUUUAAGGGGCAAGUACAGUAACCUCAGCUUUAUAUGAAUUGAGCAGCAGAAAAUGUGAGGCCAUCUAGGUCUUUAUGUCUUUAACACAUUCCUGCAGUUUAACAAAUUGGUGUGCGAUAUGCCAUCUUUGCCUUCUAAUGAUAUUGCCUAUAGGAAGCAUGUAAACAGAAUUGGCCCUAGCACAGAACCCUGUGGAACUCUCCAUUUACACAAACAAAUUGGAGUCUUUUAGAGAGAUGGAAUUCAAAACACUGAAGCGCUGUAGUUGUUUAAGUAAGUUAAAUAACUACAGCCUGCUCUAAUCACUGUAAUAAAAUACUAUGGCCAAUAGUAUUGAAUGCUGCACUGAGGUCUGGCAGGACAUGAGUCCACUGUCAGGGACGAAA